CCCCGGCCCUGCCCGCGGCCCCCGGCCUCCUUCCGUCCCUGCCGUGCUCCCUCCGUCUUCCGUGCGCGCCCGCUCGGCCGGCGUGCCUCACGCCUAACGGGCGGCCGCGGGCGCCAAUCAGCGGGCGGCAGGGUGCCAGCCCGGGGCUGCGCCGGCGAAUCGGCGGGGCCCGCGGCUCGGGGAGGGAGGCGGGGCUACCGCGCGCGGCGGUGGAGGAGCAGCUCGCCAAGCCUGCAGCUCGCGAGCGCCGAGCGAGCCGCCGGGAGGGUAGAUUUACCAGGCUGUUUCUGAGUGUGGAUUGUUACCUUUGGUAAGAAAAUGUCGUCCAUCUUGCCAUUCACUCCGCCAGUGGUGAAGAGACUUCUGGGAUGGAAAAAAUCUGCCGGUGGGUCUGGAGGAGCAGGUGGUGGAGAGCAGAAUGGACAGGAAGAAAAGUGGUGUGAAAAAGCAGUGAAAAGUCUGGUGAAAAAGCUAAAGAAAACAGGACGGUUAGAUGAGCUUGAGAAAGCCAUCACCACUCAGAAUUGCAAUACUAAGUGUGUCACCAUACCAAGGUCUCUUGAUGGCCGUCUUCAGGUUUCACACCGCAAAGGGUUGCCACAUGUUAUAUAUUGCCGGCUAUGGCGCUGGCCGGACCUUCACAGUCAUCAUGAGCUCAAGGCAAUCGAAAACUGCGAAUAUGCUUUUAAUCUGAAAAAAGAUGAAGUAUGUGUAAAUCCUUACCACUACCAGAGAGUUGAGACACCAGUCUUGCCUCCAGUCUUAGUCCCUCGGCACACAGAGAUUCUAACAGAACUGCCGCCUCUGGAUGACUAUACCCACUCCAUUCCAGAAAACACAAAUUUCCCAGCAGGAAUUGAGCCACAGAGUAAUUACAUCCCAGAAACACCACCACCUGGAUAUAUCAGUGAAGAUGGAGAAACAAGUGACCAACAGUUGAACCAAAGUAUGGACACAGGCUCUCCGGCUGAACUGUCUCCUACUACUCUCUCUCCUGUUAAUCACAGCUUGGAUUUGCAGCCAGUUACUUACUCGGAACCUGCGUUCUGGUGUUCAAUCGCAUACUAUGAACUAAACCAGAGGGUUGGAGAAACCUUCCAUGCGUCACAGCCCUCGCUCACUGUAGACGGCUUCACAGACCCAUCAAACUCGGAGAGGUUCUGCUUAGGCUUGCUCUCCAACGUUAACCGAAAUGCCACUGUAGAAAUGACAAGAAGGCAUAUAGGAAGGGGAGUGCGCUUGUAUUACAUAGGUGGGGAAGUGUUUGCUGAGUGCCUAAGUGAUAGUGCAAUCUUUGUGCAGAGCCCCAACUGUAACCAGAGAUACGGCUGGCACCCUGCAACAGUGUGUAAGAUCCCACCAGGCUGCAACCUGAAGAUCUUCAACAACCAAGAAUUUGCUGCUCUUCUGGCUCAGUCUGUUAACCAGGGAUUUGAAGCCGUUUAUCAGCUAACCCGAAUGUGCACCAUAAGAAUGAGUUUCGUGAAGGGCUGGGGAGCAGAAUACCGGAGGCAGACAGUCACAAGUACACCUUGCUGGAUUGAACUUCAUCUGAAUGGCCCUCUGCAGUGGUUGGACAAAGUAUUAACUCAGAUGGGAUCCCCUUCAGUGCGAUGCUCAAGCAUGUCGUAAAGCCCAUCAGAGACUCGCUGUAACAGCUCCUCCGUCGUAGUAUUCAUGUAUGAUCCCGUGGACUGUUUGCUAUCCAAAAACUCCAGAGCGAAAACAGCACUUGAGGUCUCAUCAGUUAAAGCACCUUGUGGAAUCUGUUUCCUAUAUUUGAAUAUUAGAUGGGAAAAUUAGUGUCUAGAAAUGCCCUCCCCGGCGGGGAAAAAGAAGACUUAAAGACUUAAUGAUGUCUUGUUGGGCAUAAGACAGUAUCCCAAAGGUUAUUAAUAACAGUAGUAGUUGUGUCCAGGUAAUGUGUCCAGACCCAGUAUUGCAGUACUCUGCUGUUUGUGUACAUUCUUAGUUUGCAGAAAGGAGGUGUGUGUGCUGCUUCUUGGUCUAGGCAAGCCUUUAUAAAAUUACAGUAUCUAAUCUGUUAUUCCCACUUCUCCGUUAUUUUUGUGUCUUUUUUAAUAUAUAAUAUAUAUAUAUAUCAAGAUUUUCAAAUUAUCAUUUAGAAGCAGAUUUUCCUUGUAGAAACUAAUUUUUCUGCCUUUUACCAAAAAUAAACAAACUCUUGGGGGAAGACAAGUGGAUUAACUUGGAAGUCCUUGACCUUAAUGUGUCCAGUGGAUCUUAGCAGUCGUUCUAUUGUGAUCAUUUUCUCCUGAGUUGCAUUAGAAGGAAACCUCACUGGAAACUUCCAGGCUCUUCAUCCCAUUUCUGUUCUGGUUCAGAGCAGUACGGCAUAAUGACAUCAUGGUAAAUAGUUGCACUGGUGGCUUCUGGGUUAGUUGUUUCUGAGUCCAGUAAAGGUUUGUGUGGGCAGUAAGUCCUUUUGUCUAAUAACCAGACUUCAGCAGAUGAUAACUGACGUGUAUAACCAGUUGUUCUGUUGAUUAACUUUUGUCUCAAACAUGCACAGGUGUCAGUAUAAUUAUUUUCAGGGCUCUUCUAGAAUCAUCUCAGUCUGUUUCCUUCUUCCAAAGCCAGUCUAAUAAUAAAGUACCUUUCUGUAAAGGCAGCCGACCUUUGCCUCGUUUCACUUUUACUACCAGGUUGUAUUACAGAGCAGACCUUUGUAAAUGUGUUAGAGUGACGCUGAGGUAUUGCCAGCAGAUAGGGCCGUCUGUUUUUAAAGUGUAUUGUAUGUAAUUUAUAAAUAGAAUGUUAUUUUACCUAGCUUCAAAAGUUUAAAUAUUGUGAGCUAAGCCAUUUAGCAAGCUUUCUAGCCCGCAGUUAGCUGUGGACUUAGCUCUUCCUGACUUAGCCUGGUGUGUGGUUUGCUGACCUUUCAGCUCUGCAGGAAGGAGAUGGCAUCUGUCCUGUGGGUCCUCCGUUCUGCAGCACACGACAGUCAUGUCCAGGGUUGACUCCUUUCUUGUUUGCAACUCCGUACAAAUGCCUGGUCUCCUUUUUGUAAACUUUCAUAUUUUUGCAGACAAAUACCUUUGGUACUUACUCUCUGAGACCAUACUCACAUGUAUGUACAGUAAUCAUUUUUGAUGCUUUUCAACAUUGGUUGUUUUCUAUUUGAUAUUUCCCACUUUCCUAUAUUUGUGUUUGUAUGUUAUGUGUUCAUGUAAAUUUGGUAUAGUAAUUUUUAUUCAAGUAUUUAUUGUUCACCUGUAAUGUGCCGUGAACUUCUUAACUUUGGGGAAGGUGACCAGGAUAGAUAUAGUCCUGCCUUUGCUAAGAUAGCACACUCAAGUGUCUGCACAGGAGGUAAACAGGGCGUGUCUUGAGAAUGGCAGAGACGAUGCUUUUGGUAGGAUAUUGGGAAGGCAUCUGGAGAGUGAUGCAUAAGCUAACCCCUGACCUAGGAAAAGAAAGCCACGUGAAGAGCCAAGGGCAAUUUAACACUGCUGGGACAGCAUCAACAGGAGCUCAGGCUCGUAGAGACUCACUGUCAGGUAUUGUGAUUGUGCACACACCCACGUGUGGCCAUGACAGUGCUUGUUCAGUUUAGAACUUGUUGAAGGUGGGACUGCUUUGUGACAGGCUGCUUGUGUCAUCUCAUUGUAAUCUAUUCCUCAGACCUAGUACAGCUUUCUUACACCAGGUCAGUGCCACUUAACAACUCCCAUUAUGUAAAUGCUUACCAGUCUGGAGCCUCCCUGCUUGCGUCUGGACUUGUUGCUAUCACCGCUUCCCUUCCGCUGCUCAUCUUGUGAUAGAGCAAGUGUCCUGUGCAUUAUUACUGUUAAGCCUGCUGGAGAUCCUUGUACAUAAACUGCCCCUUCUCUGCAAGUUUCCGCAGACUGGAAAACUUGAGCUGUUGGGACAGUUCUGGGGCAGAGGACAGCUUUGAAAGUGGUAGGAGGUUAUGUUAAAGUGUUGCCAACAAUGAGACACAGCUCCAUGGUUGGGGUUCAGGAGUGGGUUUUCUGUACCACCAAGCGUGGACUGUCACAUCAGUGGUUACCUUUGCUUUUCACCGAAAUGCUGUGGGCAUGUGCUACUGUGGUCCUGAUUUUGUUGAUUUUACCUCUUUUGCAAGACUGAUUUUUUAUUCCAAAUGAUUCCUACGGCCUUUCUUGGUUGAUUUGUAUUGAUUUAAUUUCUCCACAUUAAUUGGCAUCAUGUCUCAUCAGUAAUUUGAAAGCCUUUCUACCAGAUUCAAACAUUUGGUUGGAUUAGGCCACUAAACUGGGAAUGCCACUAAACUGGGCUCUGACUUAAGGACCCUUUCUUGCUAGGGUCUGAGCCACACCAGUUACACUUUCUAUCCAUCAUUAUAUACAUUUAGUCAGCAUAGUUUCUCCCUGUUGUUUACCCAGCCACUGUGAUUCUGGGACCAUGUCCUGGCCCUGGAGUUGGGCUUAGUCCUGUGAGAGUUCCUGUUGUUUUGAGGGCCUGUGACUUUGCCAGAGGAACUUGCAUAUGUUUUCUUGAGAGCUGAAUCUUCUAAUUGUGUACAUAUAUGUACGUAUACAUAUGUACAUACAUAUAUAUAUAUGUGCGUGUGUGUGUGUGUAUAUAUAUAUAUGCAGAUUAGAUAGUUUCUUUACCUUAAACAACAUGCAGUUUAAUGUCUCAUUUGUCUAUUAAGCUGUCAGUUCCUCCUUUAUUUCUUUAAUUUCACCUUCAUCGCGCCUUGGUUGUCAGUUCAUCCCAACUAAGAGUCCAAGUGGAAGCAGUCAGGUUAGUAGGCUUUUGCUGGUUGAAGUCAAAGAAAGCAGAUGCCCAUUUGCCUUCCCUACCUCUGCCAAGAGCUGCCCAUAUGUAUUUUUAAGCCCUCCCCCCCUCCCUUUUUAAGAUUAACUACUUGGAACAGUUGUUCUCAUAGUUGUCCUCUGUCCUCUUUGCUGGAGAGUAGCUGGUCUGGUGGUGAGGUAUAAAGUAACAGGAGACAAUCUAAGUUGACCCUUCCAGCUUGCCUGUAUGUUCCACCUCUCUGUGCAACUAUCUCAAGUAUGUCUUCACAGGGCAGCCAAGGGCCUUUCCUCGUACUGUGGCUUAAGGCUUUGGUGUCCUGAUAGAUCGGACUUGUUACUUGGUCAUGCUUUUGCCUGAGCACUUUGCUAAACCCCAGGCUUCCUUGCACCUUACCCUCUCCAGUCAGUCAGCUCUAUUUUUUUCUGAAUGCGUUCUUUAUUCUUCCCUUAGUGCUGUGCAUUUCCCUGCAGGCAAGCUAGUAUUCCUGGUCCGCUGUUGGAGUCUUACAAAUGACUGGAAUUUUUGCCCAGUUAAAAUGUCCUUGUGACUGACAAGUAGCAAACUGUCAACAUUAUUUAUCAUAAUUUAGAUGGUAAUAGCAUCUCUAUCACAGUUUGGGGACAGUCUAGAUCAGCAGUGUGACCCUUCAGUACAGUUCCUCGUGUUGUGGUGACCUCCAGCAAUAAAAUUAUUUUGUUGC